AUGCUACCACCUAUCACAGUAGCUGGGAAAUUGUCUGACAAAGACACUCCGCUUCCUUCACCAGAUCUCAUCCAGACUCCCCAUCUACAUUUCAACUCCACAUAUGUGACCUCCUCUUCCGCCUCCAAUACUCCCCCAUCGGGUGCAACCAUAGCCAACUGCACCUGUCUGACGGCAUCCCAGAACCCACAGCCCCAUCCAACCGUCAUUGAUACUGCGAUAUUGGAGAAUACGCCCAGAACUACAAUUCUCGUCAACCAUUCAGGUACUUCGUCUGAAAAAUCAAACCUUGGGCAAACUCAAUACUUCCCCAGCGUGACACCACCAACAAUCAGCGCAAAUCCAGAAAUAACCACAGUCGAUGACGACGCCAAUCAAAGUAGUCUGCUCCUGAAAGACGAACGACUAGAUGAGAUCAAGAAGCAGUGUUCUCAGCUCAUCAGCGAGUUAGAUGCGAACCCCAACCCCGAGGAAAUCGUCAGAAAGCAUAUAAUAAUGUUGAACAAAUACAAUGAGUUGAAGGAUAUCGCAUUGGGAUUGGUGACUAUGAUUGCGGAUCAGAGACACAUCCGCACCACCGAUAUCUUGGAAGAAGUAAAAGUCGAACACAAUCCAGAGUAA